CAACACUUAAAUGUGCCUGAAUUUGUCCUGCUGCGCACACAUUAUUGCCUCUGUCGCGCUCUGUUUUUGCAAUGUCAUUUAUUUCAAACUAACACAAAAUAUCUUGUCUCGCUGCUUGGUCGUGGUAAUUUUGGCGAAGUCUAUUUCCGUUGUUGCCUUUUAGUUUGAAAAAAAAAACGCGGAAGUUGUAUUUAUCACGUAGCUUGACGUGAGCUGUGGAGGGAGCGGCUCUGGUCGAGCGACGUUAGCACAGCAGAGGAGAGAGAGAGAGGGCAGUGGAUGACGACAGCAGGUGAAGAUGCGUGAAUACAAGCUGGUGGUCUUAGGGUCUGGUGGUGUUGGCAAGUCUGCUUUGACGGUGCAGUUUGUCCAGGGUAUCUUUGUGGAGAAGUACGACCCCACGAUAGAAGAUUCCUACAGGAAGCAAGUGGAGGUGGAUGGUCAACAGUGCAUGUUGGAGAUCUUGGACACGGCAGGAACAGAGCAGUUCACGGCCAUGCGUGAUCUCUACAUGAAGAACGGCCAAGGCUUCGCUCUGGUCUACUCCAUCACGGCUCAGUCCACCUUCAACGAUCUUCAAGACCUCAGAGAGCAGAUCCUCAGGGUCAAGGACACUGAUGAUGUUCCGAUGAUCCUGGUGGGCAACAAGUGUGACCUGGAGGUGGAGCGCGUGGUGGCCAAAGAGUCAGGGGUGGGCCUCGCUCGCCAAUGGAACUCCUGCGUCUUCCUGGAGACGUCAGCCAAGAGCAAGAUCAACGUCAACGAGAUCUUCUAUGACCUGGUGAGACAGAUCAACAGGAAAAGCCCACUUCCUGGAAGAACUCGCAAAAAGUCCACUUGUCAGCUCCUCUAAUCCCAGCUCUGCGCUCGCCGGACCAACAACCAAUCCUAGGACAUCUUCCAACCUGCCCCGCCCCCGUGAAAACACACACCAUCAACAUGGACCACCUCAGACCUCUGACCCCUUCCCUGUUGCCUUGGAAACUUCAAAAGACUGUGACGACGAUAAUGAUGAUGAUGUCUGGUGUCUUCUCGAUGUCUCUUUUGUCUUUUUCUAUAUGACACACGGCCUCCAACAUGGUGUGUGUGUGGUGAUGAUAAUGAUGAUUGUUAUGUGAAACAAUAAGAGUCAUUUCAAGUUUUAUUUUGUAGCAGAUUCUGGCGUCAGCUCACCAUUGAGAGCUAACAUUAUUUAGCCUGGCAGUGUGUUGGCAGUAUUACGAACAAGUACAAGUUUUGCGAGCUAAGCUAGCAAAGAUGGUUUUAAAAAAAAAAAAGUAUUCUUGGUGUAUCUUAUAACUGGCUAGCAUGUUAGCCAUUAGUCAGUACAGAAGAAGCACUUUAAAGUCUUAAAUGUAAAAAUAGUGUUUUUUAGGGUGGCAUUCCUGCAUAUGACCACUAGGGGGAUACAGUGGGGGAACCUGUUAGUAUAACGUGACGGUGGGUGAGCUGACCCCAGAUCUGCUCGCUUGACUCGGUGGUGUCAUUAUUAGCAUGGCUGAAGAUUGUUGAAGCCACAAAAAGCCUUUCAAUGUCUGUCUGAUGUAGCAUGUUCA